AGCUGAAAUAGGAAAGGAUAGGAUUAAAGAGAGGGGUAAACUGGAUUGCUUUGCAAAUUUCCAACUUAGUGACUAGUUUUAACAUUUGGUGGCAUUCCACUGUAUGGGGAAACCCAGCUGCCUUCGAAGAAUGGCUCUUUAUGGAGACUGUGCUGUUUACCAUAAGGGGAGGGGGGCAGCUGACAGGUCCAUUAGAUAGAAUCAUAAUCCAUACUGGAAAGCUUAAGCCUUUACUCACUGGAUGGCCUGUGACAAGCUUCCUGGAGCCCUAAUUUCUCCAUCUAUAACGUAGAGAGUCUACUUUUUAUCCUUCUUCCAAUUUCAUUUGUUUUAGAAAUGAAAAUUUAAGUAAGCUGCCCUUAUUUUUAAAAGGAAUUUUAUUUAAUCCUCAUCUUCAUUGCCCACUGUGUUUAUAUUUUUAAAAAUAACAUUUUUUUCUAGAGUCCAUCACAAUUUCCUCCUAUCCAGAUUUUUUAAUUUCAGUUCAACGAAUUUAUUGAGUCCUGUCUAUAUGCCAGAUACUAUUCUAGGCACUGGAGGUAAAGCAGUGCCUCUUUGUCGCGGAGUUUCCAUUUCUGGUCAGGGAAACAGUGAACUUAUUAAAAUGACUGAACUCUGUGGUAUGUAAGAAAGUGAUAAAAGCUCUGGAGAAACAUACCACAGGGAAAGAGGGAUGAGGAGUGCUGAGCUGGAUAGCCAGCGUAGGCCUCACUUGGUGACAUUUGAACAGAGCAAUGCAGCUCCGAGGAAAAACACGACGCAUGAAGCGUGAUCUUCAGAGGCCCCGAGAUGGGAGUGUACCUGGAGUGUUUCAGAAGCUAUGAGGAGGCCAGUUUGGAUGGAAGAACUGACGAAAGGGGAGAAUAGUAGGAAAUGAGGACAGGAAGGAACACUUUCUUUCCGGCACUAGAAGAUGCUUCAGGAUCAUUUUGUGUAUUUCCUGCCCUAGUCCUAGAAGCAGCCAUUUCUCUAAGGAGCCCUGAUUGCUUAUAAUGGAGAAUGGCUGACGAACUUCAAGGAUGCAGCUGCUACUGCUGGAGCCGCUUGGCACCUUUUCUGAGCCGGGCCAUGAGGCCGCGUGCCUGUGAUAUGGGCCCCUCAUGGCCUCAGCAAGAACAGAGCACUACAGUAUUGGCCUCUGCCGGGGAAACAGCUUUAAGCAGAGCGGUUCCUCGGGCACAGUGCCUACCCCGCCACCGGAGAAACCCUCUGAGGGCAAAGUCUGGGCUCAGGUUCAUCAGCAGGUGAAGCCAAUCUGGAAGCUGGAGAAGAAGCACGUGGGGACACUUUCAUCAGGGUUGGGCCCAGGCCUCCUGGGUGUCCCACCGCAGCCAGCGUAUUUUUUUUGCCCCAGCACUUUAUGUAGCUCUGGGACCACGGCUGUCAUUGCAGGCCACGGCAACUCCUGUUACCUGCGCUCCCUCCCGGACCUGUUCAGCAGCACCCUGCUGUACCGCCGCUCCAACUACAGGCACAAGCCAUACCAGCAGCUGGAGUCUUUCUGCUUGCGUUCAGGCCCCUCAGAAAAAAGACCUUUUUCUCUCCCUCAAAAGAGCCUCCCUGUCAGACUCACUGCCAGUAAGGCCUCUUCUUCCAAGGUCUCCCGCAUGGCAUCAUCCUCCACAGAUCCAUACCUCUCACUGGGAGCGGCCGGGGAAGAUCCUUCAGGGAAGAGCCCGGCCUCUGCCGUCUCAGGGAAGAUCCCCUCUCCACUCUCCGCUGCUUCCUCUUCCUACAAACCCACGCUAAAUAACAACUCCUUCAUGCGGCCAAAUAGCACUAAAGUGCCUUUAUCGCAGACCACAGAGAGCCCGAAGCCAGUAUCCUCGCCCAAGAUCCAGCUUGUCUCCUGGCAUCAUUCCGGGGGCACUGGAGACUGUGUGCUCCAACCUGUUGAGCAUAAGGUGCCCAAGAGCAGUGGCCCUGUCCUAGGUGAUGGCCCUUCCCAUAGCACCCUGUCUGCCCCUAGCUCCUUACACACUUCCACCACCAGUGUUGCCUCUCCCCACCACAGCCAGAGUACCUUAGCCAUAAGGGCAGAGCCACGUCCCGGUGGCCUGGAAGGUGACUCUGUUUCCCAGACUCUGACUAAGGAGGUUCGGUUCACUGAGGCUGUGAGGAAGUUGACUGCAAGAGGCUUUGAGAAGAAGCCACGGCAAGGUUCCCAUUUUGAACAGUCUUAUUUCCUGAACCCCAGUUUGCAGUGGGAUCUCCUCAACAGGAACAGGCGGUGACCUCCUGCGGCAGGCCAGCAGUUCCCUCAGGAGGAUGCUGGAGCAGUCAGUAGGGUCCUCCCUGGAGCCUCAGACACCUUGGAAUUGGACAGUACGGUUUUCUGUACCAAACGCAUCAGCAUUCACCUCCUUGCCUCACAGGCCAAUGGGCUCAGCCACAGCUCUGCUUGUGGAUCUGCGAUUGACUCCCCACCUCUUGGAGAGGAUGAAACUCCGGUUUUGCCUUCACCCCCUCAGCCCCUUGGUGUAGCUGAGGUGGCUACCCGCCUCUCAUCUAUCCAUUUGGGAAAACUUGGGAGGGAGGGGCCUAAGGAAGCCAGAGAGCUGGCCUUACCUGCUAGGGAUAUUGGUUCAGCUACUGACCUCCAGCUAGACCAGGCUGAGGCUGAAGAUCUGGAAGAAGAGCUCAUAGAUGGUUUGGAAGACUGCUGCAGCCAUGAAGAGAAUGAAGAGGAGGAGGGAGACUCAGAGUGCUCCUCUUGCAGUGCCGUCUCCCCCAGAUCGGUGGCAGUGAUUUCUCGGAACUGCAUGGAGAUUAUGACCAAACCCCUUUCCAAUGAGAAAGUUGUCCGACCAGCCCUCAUCUACAGUCUCUUUCCCAACGUGCCCCCUACCAUCUAUUUUGGCACUCGGGAUGAGAGAGUGGAGAAACUUCCCUGGGAGCAGAGGAAGCUGCUCCGCUGGAAGAUGAGCACGGUGACCCCCAACAUUGUCAAGCAGACCAUCGGACGAUCCCACUUCAAGAUCAGCAAGAGGAAUGAUGACUGGCUGGGCUGCUGGGGUCACCAUAUGAAGUCUCCUAGUUUCCGAUCCAUUCAGGAGCAUCAGAAGCUAAACCACUUCCCAGGUUCCUUCCAGAUUGGGCGAAAGGACCGCCUGUGGCGGAAUCUGUCCCGCAUGCAGAGCCGCUUUGGCAAGAAGGAGUUCAGUUUCUUCCCCCAGUCCUUCAUCCUGCCCCAGGACGCCAAGCUCCUGCGCAAAGCCUGGGAGAGCGGCAGCCGCCAAAAGUGGAUUGUUAAACCACCAGCAUCCGCUCGAGGCAUUGGCAUCCAGGUCAUUCACAAGUGGAGUCAGCUCCCCAAGAGAAGGCCCCUUCUGGUGCAGAGGUAUCUGCACAAACCCUACCUCAUCAGUGGCAGCAAGUUUGAUCUGCGAAUCUAUGUUUACGUCACCUCCUACGAUCCUCUACGGAUUUACCUCUUUUCAGAUGGACUCGUCCGCUUUGCCAGUUGCAAGUAUUCCCCUUCCAUGAAGAGCCUUGGCAACAAGUUCAUGCACCUGACCAACUAUAGUGUCAAUAAAAAGAAUGCUGAGUACCAGGCCAAUGAAGAUGAAACAGCCUGCCAGGGCCACAAAUGGGCACUGAAGGCUUUGUGGAGCUACCUGAGCCAGAAGGGAGUCAACAGUGAUGCCAUCUGGGAGAAGAUAAAGGAUGUUGUUGUCAAAACCAUCAUCUCAUCAGAACCCUAUGUGACCAGCCUGCUGAAGAUGUAUGUGCGGCGGCCCUACAGCUGCCACGAGCUCUUUGGUUUUGACAUCAUGCUGGAUGAGAACCUCAAGCCCUGGGUGCUGGAAGUUAACAUCUCCCCAAGCCUCCACUCCAGCUCUCCACUGGACAUCAGCAUCAAAGGCCAGAUGAUCCGUGACCUUCUGAACCUGGCGGGCUUUGUUCUGCCCCAUGCAGAGGAUAUCAUUUCCAGCUCCAGCAGCUCCAGCAGCUGUACCACCAGCCUGCCCAGCUCCCCCAGGGAUGGAUGUCGAAUGGCCCCGGAAUACUUCACUGCACAGAAGAUGAAGAAAGCCUAUUACCUGACCCAGAAAAUUCCUGAUCAGGACUUCUAUGCAUCUGUACUAGAUGUCCUGACACCAGACGAUGUUCGGGUUCUGGUUGAGAUGGAGGAUGAGUUUUCUCGCCGAGGUCAAUUUGAACGAAUUUUUCCUUCUCGAAUCUCUUCUCGCUAUCUCCGCUUUUUUGAGCAGCCAAGAUAUUUCAACAUUCUCACCACCCAGUGGGAACAGAAGUACCAUGGCAACAAGCUCAAAGGAGUAGAUUUGCUUCGGAGUUGGUGCUACAAAGGGUUCCACACAGGAGCCAUCUCUGAUUCUGCUCCAGUGUGGUCUCUUCCGACAUCAAUCCUGACUGUCCCAAAGGGUGAUGUGAUACUCAGUGGUUUCUCCAAGUCAGAGAUGGGCAAGCUGGGGAAGCAUGGCUCCUCCAAGGGAAGCAUACCACUCUCUGAAGAUGGGGCUGUGCCCAAGCCCAAGAAGACUCAAGCUAGCCUUCCCCCUUUCCCCAGGAAGCCCAGUUCCUCAAAGGACAGUGAAGACACCAGCAAAGAGCCCAGCCUCUCCACCCAGAUGUUACCUGUGAUCAAGUACUCUGGGCAGACUUCGAGACUCUCUGCUUCCCCCUCCACCCAGUCAACUGGUGACUCCCUCCUGGCUGCUGUGAGCCCAUGACUGGCCUCUUUCCACUAGCCCCUGCCCAGGCGCACCAGCGUCAGCUACCUCAUGGGAACCGGCCGGCCGGCAAGCCUGAGCCCCCACCCCCUCCACCUUGCCCCUCCUCAGAGUAUUUUUUGAAGCAGUUGAAUUGUAGGAAUGGGUAUCUGGUGGGCGGAAGGGUGGUGGGGGACUGGGAGAAGGUGAGGAAGGCUCACUGACUGGCACCUUCCAUCUCAGCAGAGAAGCCAAUGAUGGCUACUCAGCCUUAUAAAGCAGGGUUUGGUUUCUACCUUCAGAGACCCAUGUGUGGUUUGUUUUAGGCCUUGGGGCAGUGACUGAAUUAUGUAUAGCUGAAGAGGAGAAAACAUACUGAACAUAUUUGGGCCUGAAGUCCGCACUCUAUGUAAUUGAGGAGCUUCCCCUGAAGGUUCUUAUUUCCUCAGGUCUCCCCUCCCCUGUCCUGAGGAGCCACUUGCAGAAACUUUCCAACUUCCUCAGAGAGAGGCAGGCAGAGGCCAUGACAUGCUGAACCCAUUUCCUGUCAUCCUUGUCUUGGGGCCAUAGCAGCUCCAGACCAUUUCUCCCUUCAUAUACCAACCCAGCCAGUAGUCCUGGGUCUUCCUACUCUGACCUCACAUCAUUGCUUGUUCAACCUUCUAGACUCUCUCUCAUGGAUGUUACCGCUUCAGCUCUUGGCUUUCUGUGAGGUGAGAGGUUCUGUGAACUUUGUGACCUUCCCAUGGUUGAAGGGAAGGAGCCCAGAAAAUCCCAUUUGGCUGUUGCCUGUGUCCUUGUGUCAGAGGACACAACCCAGGGGGAGGGUGGGAGGAGCUGUGGUUUCCCUUCAUUGUCUCUGGUUAUUGGGGUAUGACUCAUAGGUCACUAGGGCAGGCAGACUCUGGGAUGGCCCGGUGGGUGGGUUUCAGGAGCAGUCACCAUUGAAGGAUGGGCUUCCAGGCAGGCUCCUGACUAAAUGCUUGUACUCUGAACUGGAUCUGCCUCCUUUCCCAAGACUCAGUAAACAGUGAGUGUUCAAUAAAUGUUAACUGCAUGAAC